AUGUCGGAAACGUCGAGCCAUCCAUUUAUUGAAGUGCGAGGGCAUCCGUGUCCAGCAAAUGGCUCGAGCCGUUUGUUUGUCGAGGUUUACACAGCCGAUGUAGAGGCAAAAGAGUGUGGUACCCUCGUCAAGCGGCUCUCCCGUGAGCUUCACUUAUUGCAGCCAUCGAUUGAUCUUUCUCACCUGAAACGGGUCCACCGCGUAGUCGACAUUGUUUCAUUGAAAGCUAUCCAAGACAGCAAACGCCGAAAGACGACACAGGCAAUUCAGUUAAAAAUCCUAUUGGGCGCUGUUAGCGUAAUUCACCAAAAGUUUUCGGUAUCGCCGCAUGGGGAUAGUAUAGCAGAAAAGUUGGAGCAAACAUACAAUGUGGCAAAUGUGUGCACUCUAGAAGUUGGCGGAAGAGUACCAGAAUCGGAAGAUGAGUGGAAAUUAUUCAACGAGCACUGGCCAACCUCAUUCUUUCCCCACAAAACAACUGCUCAUCUCGAGAAGGAGCUUGAGCUUUCGGAGAGGUCUCUCCAACAGAUGUGUCUAGGAAUGAGACAUGCUUUGACCGACGUGACGGCCCACGGCACCAUUAAAAUACCCGGUGCCAUAGUUGUUUUUCCAGAUACAGGGGAAGUCCUGGCUACGUCGACCGCAGAACGUAAGUAUCAGGAGUCUGCUGAGCGGAACCCCAAUCCUCUUGCUACACCUAUUCUAUACGCUAUACAAAACGUCAGCCGUAAAGAACGACAAUCUGCAAUUUCAAAAGGAAUGGACUGCCCUAUGUUCCAACGAGGUCAAUAUCUGUGCACUGGCUUGGAUGUGUACACGACCCUCGAACCAACCGUGUUUGAAGCCAUGGCACUCGUGCAUGCUCGUGUGAGAUACGUCGUUUUCGGAUGCUCGUCCGGUACAACGCAACUUGGAGGAUUGUCCGAAGUCAAGGUGCACGAUCUGCCCGGUACUAACCAUAGAUAUCGAGCCUUUUACUGCUCACCAGAAACUGACCUUGGUCGACAGUGUCGAAUGCUAGCCCCAACAGAAACAAGCCCAAUGAAAUAAAGAAGUAGAAACAGUAAAUUGCUAACCUGUAGUCUUCAUGUUAAUGUCGAUGCCGUG